AUGUCGUCUGAGGAUCCAAAACAAAUCGCUUAUGAGACUGAGUCUCUCCGCAAGGUUGCAUUCUUCGGAAUCGCAGUUUCCACCAUUGCUACUUUAACCGCCAUCGUUGCCGUCCCAAUGCUUUACAACUACAUGCAACACGUUCAAUCUUCCCUUCAAUCCGAGGUUGAAUUCUGUGCCCACAGAUCCAACGGACUCUGGGAUGAGUACCAAAGAGUGAGUCAAAAUCUUAAUAAAUAUCCAAUUAACUGUCCCAUUCUUAGUUCGAGGGAGUCUCUGGAGUUGCUGGAAGAAUCAAGCGUGAUACCUACCACCGUGCCGUCGGAGGAGCCCGUAGAGCAUCCAAGGUCCGCAGACAAUCAUACGGAGGAGACGCCGCUGUCGGAGGAUUCGGAGGAUCUGCCGGAGGAUCGUGCUGCUCUUGCGGAGUCGGAGCUGCUGGACCAGCUGGAGCCCCAGGACAAGACGGAGCCCCAGGAAACGACGGAGCCCCAGGCGCCCCAGGAAACCCAGGACAAGAUGCUUCCGAAGACUCUGUUGCCGGACCAGACAGCUUCUGCUUCGACUGCCCAGCCGGACCACCAGGACCAGCCGGAGCCCCAGGACAAAAGGGACCAUCUGGAGCCCCAGGAGCCCCAGGACAAUCCGGAGGAAAUGCUCUUCCAGGACCACCAGGACCAGCCGGACCACCAGGACCAGCCGGACAACCAGGAUCCAACGGAAACGCCGGAGCCCCAGGAGCCCCAGGACAAAUCAUGGAAGUAG